AGUGAAUCUACCGUGUAGGAAAGUAGUGAGUACUCUAUGACCGUCGAUGCGUCUGUUACACAGCAAUAGAGUAACUAGCUUCUCCGCUUAAUGAGCACCUACUCCAGUGACCUAAGUUACACCUUACUCUCUCCAUUUGGGUAUAACGGAGCUACCUACCUACCUAGGUAUAUUCAACUGUCCUUAAUAUUUACUGUCCUAUCCUCCUAUAAACCUCUUAAAAAACAAAUAAUCAACACCUCAUUAUCGCCAAUAAAGAAAAAAAAAAAGAGACCAUCACCAUGACUUCCAAAAACUCCUUAGCCCCCGUCAAGAAUAUUCCCGUGUCCUAUGCCACCUGCUCCAUCGGAUGCAAGCCCUCCCACACCCUCCCUCAGAAACUCGAAGCCAUCGCAGCUGCUGGCUUCACUGGCAUCGAGCUCUCGUUUCCGGAUAUCCUCGACUACGGCUCGCGAAUUUGUGGCCAUCAAGUAGCCAGCGACAACUUUGCCGAAUUGCUCACGGUAGCGGGCGAGAUAAAGAAACUCUGCAAUGCGAACAAUCUCCAGGUGAUGAUGUUGCAGCCUUUCAGUAAUUUUGAAGGAUGGAAGAGGGGGUCGAAGGAUCAGGAAAAUGCGUGGUUCAGGGCGAAUGGGUGGAUAGAGAUUAUGAAGGUUGUAGGAACGGAUUUGUUGCAGGUCGGAUCAUCAGACUCUCCUCCUGAGAAAAUGUCCGGGAACCGCGAAGACAUCAUCCAAGACCUGCGCGAUCUCGCCGACAAGCUCGCACAGAACAACUUCCGCAUCGCCUACGAGAACUGGUGCUGGUCGACGCACGCGCCCACCUGGAAAGACGUCUGGGAGAUUGUCAGGGACGUCGAUAGACCCAACGUCGGGCUGUGUCUGGACACGUUCCAAACGGCCGGAAGCGAAUGGGGGGAUCCCACUACGGCCUCGGGUCUGAUCGAAUCUAUCCCGCGCGACGAACUUGAGAAACGCUGGCAGGAGAGUAUGGACGAACUUGCAAAAACUAUCCCCCCGGAGAAGAUCUAUCUGCUUCAGAUCUCCGAUGCGUAUAAACCGACAAAGCCGCUGGAGAAUAAGGAGAUCAAUGGACUCAGACCGAGAGGAAGGUGGAGUCAUGAUUUUAGACCCCUGCCGUAUAGUGGUGGGUAUUUGCCGAUUGAGGAUGUGACCAGGGCGGUUCUCAAGACUGGGUUUAGGGGUUGGUUUUCUAUGGAGGUGUUCGAUGGUGGACCAGAGGGGAAGGGCAAGGAUUAUGAAAUGCCUGAUUUUGCGGCGAAGGCGCAAGAUAGUAUGCAGAGAUUGAUUCAGGCUUCGGCUCCGAGGUAGAUGGUUUCUAAUUCGUGGGAUAUGGGAAACAGAUUGUGCUAAGCAAUUAGUAAAAGCGAAUGAAAAAUCAAUUGUUCACACGUACUACGUAUUUGGCGUUCGGGGGGAGGGGGGUGUAGUCUUUAUGGAGUUACU